CAGUUUAAAAUGUUGAAGGUCGAUCGAUAGUAUUUCAACUAAUUUGAACGUCAGGGUCAUGCAGUUCACACCAGUUCUUACUUGGGGUCUUUCUGAAGUGCUGAGAAGUCAUCAGUAUGUGUAUGUGCCGUUGCAUAAGGAAAUUUGUAUGCUUCUUGUGCUUACUAAUCAGUUGCAAUUUGAAUUUAAUUUGUCCCAACGCGAAAUCAAACUUUGUGACAGCGAAUCUCCUUCACACUGUCCCUCAACAAUCAGUUGUUAGUGAUACUAAAUCUCAUGCUUUAUAUCUGACAAUCCACUUGCAUUCCAACGCAUCGCGAGAGUGUUUGGGAUCCGUUGGAAGAAUCGAGAAAUAUAUUAAUCAGAUUUGUCCACGUAAUAUGUGUGAAAAAUAUAAUGAGAUCCUAUACGGUGUUGGUUUCGGAAUUGACUAUUUCAAAAAGAUCAGUCCUCGUUUCCGUUUCAGAGGCAUCAAAAACUAUGAAUAUCGUGAAAGAUCUGGAAAGUUUGGUAAACUGCCUAAAUCAGGUGGUGACAUAUUUGUACAUGCAAAGUGUAAUGUUCAUGGCAUGUUGUUUGAUUUGGCAAAAUACAUCAUUCAGAAUAUGCCGCGUGGAUGUGUGGAUAAAUUUGAAGAUAUUUACGGUUGGACUUAUCGCGAUGGGCGUGAUUUGAGUGGAUUCGUUGAUGGCACGGAGAACCCUAAAUUUUUGGAUGAACGCUCUGAGGUGGCGAUCAACAAACAAACAGGUGGAAGUUAUGCUCUUGUUCAGAAAUGGGUUCACAAUAUGAGUUCGCUCCAGGAGACAGCUGAUGAGACAAAAGAACAAUGGAUUGGUCGAACUAUAAAUGAUAGCCAUGAGAUGAUAAAAAAACCAAACACAUCACAUGUUGCCAGAAUGGUUGGAUAUAAGAGGAGGUGAGGCUGAACAUUUUGGCAUCAUAUUUGAUUUGGUUGGAUCUACAUCAAUUGUGAAAGUUGAUAAGAUGAUUUCAAACGCUUUUAUGCUUGACGUAUGAAUUACUGUGUAAUCAUCGAUGUUUAGCGAAGGAACAUUUGCCAACCACUGUGGUUGUUGCGGUUGAACGUUACCUGUUUGUAACAAGAAUCUUUAUCAACUGUCAUAAGAGACGAAAUUGAGUUAACUAUGAUUUGAAGAAUAGAGCUACAAUUGAAUGUCUCUAUUUAUGCUGAUGGUAGGAGGCUUUGCAAAGAAUAUGGUUGAUACACCUAUAACUGUGUUUUGGACGUAUGUGACAUCUUCUAGUUUGCUGUUGUCGAUCGACAAUUUGGCAGUAUACGAUUGUGGAAGUAAAAUUUUCAGAGACAUUUGUUGGUCGGAUUUCAUUUGCAGAAACUUAUGUACUUGGCGUUUAUCGUCUAACCAGGAGGUAUUUUGUGUCAUAUAGAAGCGCGUAGAAUAGUAUGAUUGAGGAGGUCUAGGAAAGAGGAGAACAAAACAAAAUGUGAGCCGAUAAUAUAGCAAGUUCACACAAUGAAAUUACAUUUCUUAAAGGAAAAUAAUGAACAAUAGCUAGCAGUAACACAAGCCUCAGAUUAAGAUAAUCCUGAAAUAGGAACUAGGAGAAGAUAUGUAAAUCGCUUACAAUUUCCUAUCCUAUUUAUUUCUUAUAUCCCUCAUGAAAUAUCAUUAUGUAGUAUUUGAUAUAACAGGAUGAAAUGUCAAAAUUACAUUUGCUUACUCAUUAUAAUUUCUGUUCAACA